CAGACAGAGUCAGUCAAUGUGGGACGGAGUUUUGCCUGUUUGUUAGUGGAGUAGGAGGAGGCGGAGAACGAGAACCAGCCGUUGACUUGACACGGGUUGCUUGAAAUAAUUUCGGAGCGCAAGAAAGCCAAGAAUGGCGUCGGGUGAGACACUGUACAUUGAAACCGACGGCUCGGAGAUGCCGACAGAGAUCGUCGAGCUGCACGAAAUCGAAGUUGAGACCAUCGAGACGACCGUGGUCGGCGGAGACGACGACGAGCACCAGCAGAUGAUCGCGCUGCAGCCGUUGGUCACAGACGACCCGAACCACGUCAACCAUCAGGAGGUGAUUCUGGUGCAAACUCGCGAGGAGGUCGUGGGCUGCGAUGAUUCAGACCUCCACGCAGACGACAGCUUCGAGGACCAGAUCCUCAUCCCCGUGCCUGUCCCUGUGGCAGAGGAGGAAUAUAUCGAGCAGACUUUAGUGACCGUGUCUGGCAAGAACCCAUCGGGAAGGAUGAAGAAAGGGGGAGGCAGCGGGAAAAGAGUGGUCAAAAAGAGCUUCCUAAACUCCGCCGAGGCGAGCGGACGCAAGUGGGAGCAGAAGCAAGUGCAGAUCAAAACACUGGAGGGGGAGUUUUCCGUCACUAUGUGGGCAUCGGAUGAUAAGAAAGAUGUUGAUCAUGACACUGAGGUGGAGGAGCAGAUUAUUGGGGAAAACUCUCCUCCUGACUAUUCUGAGUAUAUGACAGGCAAGAAACUGCCUCCUGGUGGCAUUCCUGGCAUUGACCUGUCAGAUCCCAAACAGCUGGCGGAGUUUGCAAGAAUGAAGCCCAGAAAAAUAAAGGAAGAUGACUCCCCAAGGACAAUAGCAUGUCCUCACAAAGGUUGCACAAAAAUGUUUCGGGACAACUCUGCUAUGAGAAAGCACUUGCACACCCAUGGGCCGCGGGUUCAUGUCUGCGCUGAAUGUGGGAAAGCGUUUGUGGAAAGUUCCAAGCUGAAACGGCAUCAGUUGGUUCAUACUGGUGAAAAACCUUUCCAGUGUACAUUUGAGGGAUGUGGAAAGCGCUUUUCAUUGGACUUUAACUUGCGCACACAUGUGCGGAUUCACACUGGAGACAGACCGUACGUUUGCCCGUUCGAUGGCUGCAACAAGAAAUUUGCUCAGUCCACCAACCUGAAGUCUCACAUUUUAACACACGCGAAAGCUAAAAACAAUCAGUGAGAUCGCUCGCUGAGGAAAGUUCCCUUAAAGACUCCUGCUCCAAAACCCACUUUGUAUGUCGUUUCUAGAUCCAUUCUUUUCUAAGAGAAUCUCAGUGCACAUUUUCAUGGGAAUUGAAAUAUGAAUGAGGACCUGACACCAAACUAUCCCAACAACCUUCUCAUGGUAUAGACCUGAGUUCAAUAACUUCCCGAGUUAUGAGAGUUUCUUCUUUUGAAGAUAUGAUUGAUUUUGUGGACCCUCAUUCACAUACAAGAUGCUCAUUAUCCUGAGCCCAAAGAAGCAAAUUGCCCAUCGGUGUGUCUUUACCAGUUUGUAAAGACAAAGACUGCUUUUUAGAUGUCUUCAAAGUGUGCAUAUUGUACACUUUUUAGAGCAUAGAGCUGUCAUAAUAUGUGUGAGUGUGUGUGUGUGUGUGUGUGUGUGUGUGUGUGUGUGUGUGUUGUCCCCGAGACUUAAAACCUGUGAAUGCUUUUCUUCAAGGAGAAUGAGAUGUUGUUCAGCUUUUUUUUUUCAAUGUAAAUAGAGCUUUUCUUUGUGAGGUAUCCUGUGCAGGUAUCUCAUUUUGUAUACCUGUCCUGUACAAAUGUUUUGAAAUCAUGUAGAUAAUAGAGAUGUUGAUUAGAUUGUGUUUAACCAAAUUAAAACCGUUUUAUCCAGCUUCAGGAAGUACCGCUACAUACACAUGCCUUCUUUUGUAACACAAUAACAAUCUGCUCAGUAUGUGAAAAAGACACUUUUCCUUCAAAUUCUCUAAUUUAUUUAUUGAUAUGGAAUAAAGCUAAACUCCCCUGUGCAGAUCCCAAGAGCCUGAAGUUCAUCAUUCUGUUCAGUAAGCUGAACGUCCUACUGCGAUUGAUUUUAAAAACUUGAAACCAUAUGAUAUGGGUCUGGAUAAAGGUAAAAUUGUCACAUAAAGAGUCAUAUUUCCUGUAGUAGACAACAUUAACAAACAGCAGUGAGCAUAAAAAUCUCUAGUUUAAUCAAACAUAUAACUUACUGUAACAUACUAUAUAAAGGUUUAAAAUGGGAAGUGUUUCAAUAAGAUAAUUUAGUUGCAGUUUCACAUGCUAUUUUAAAAAUUACCACAGUGAUAUCGCAUUGAUUGCAGUUAACAGAAUCCUAACUUUGCAUAUGCACAAUAUUCAGUUUAUAAAUUGUAAAUUACAUGAUUCAUGCUGUUUAAAGAUAAUUAUAUUAAAAAUAUAUAUAUUUUAAAAGGUCCUAUUAGAGCUUGCUCUUUCUGACACCUCAUGUAUUGAGACUUGAACUAUAUAUUAUAUCAUGAACAUCCUAUAACUGACUUACGUUUGUAUUUAAUGUAAAGAAACAAAAUCUAUUUGAAUUUCAACUAUUUUUUCCUAUUCAUUUUUUGUGAGCCUCUUUAAACUGAUUUGAUCCAUGCACCAAUAUCACAUCCUUGUUUACUAUUGUAAAUAUGUUCUGCCGACUCCAAAUGACAGUUCAACAAAUUGCAAUUCCUUCUCAAAAAUGUAUAUGGUUUUGUAUGUUUCUGGAUAGUAUAAAAAAUUGAAUUAAAUCAACACUGUAAGCUCACAAAAGACAUUUUAUUUCAAUAUAAAAACUUUAAUUUGUAUUUUUCAAGCAAAGAAAUGAAACACCAGUCAUCAAAAUAUUAAUGAACCUUUCAGAGAGAAUCCUGAAGGCUUUGCAAUUUUCAAAACAAACAAAAAAAACAAAAAAACAAGUUGGACCUGUUGCUCAAAUAACAUUCAGUGCACCAGACAUCUAAUAGAAAAAAAAAAUUCUCAAUCUUACCACCAACCUAGUAGUUCCAGGCCAACAAAUCCAUUCAUGAUUUAAUUCCCUGAGGACCUCUUCAAAAGUCUGUCAAAUCAACCCAGUUAAAAAUGUCAAAAACAGGCCAUUGGUUUAUACAGCUCUCAAGUAUGUUUAAUAAUUAGGCUGGUUUCAGCACAUGCUUCAUCUAAACCU